AUGGGUUUUGCUACAGUCACAGAUACUUGUGACAGAUUUAAAUUGCAAGCAUCUGCUGCAAGAUGGUUACACACGGGAGAUCUCGCAUAUUAUGAUGAGGACGGUGCGCUUUUUAUAAUUGAACGAUUAAAUGAGUUGAUUAAAUGGAGAGGGCAUCAUGUACCACCAGCAAUGAUUGAAAAAUUAAUUCAAACACUCCCAGGAGUAGGUGAAGUUGCAGUUGUAGGAGUACCUCAUUUAGAAGAUGACGAGCAACCAUUUGCAUUCGUUGUGAAAGCACCAGGGUGUGAUGUAACUAAGGAAGAAAUUAAUAUCCUCGUAGAAAAAAAUUUACCAGACCAAAUGAAACUCAGAGCAGGCAUUAAGUUUAUGGACUCUAUACCACAUACUGCUUCUGGUAAAAUCAGUAAAAAUGAAUUGAAACAGAUCGCAAAAUCUUUGCAAAAAAAUUAA